AUGAAUAAUAGUAAUAGUAGUACAAUUUGUAUCGAUUUGGAUACUUAUUCAGAUCGAGUAUUUGAAAAUGACAAUGAUAUUAAUGAUCAUAACUUGCAAAAUUUGUUUAAUAAAACUUUAAUUCAUCAUCAACAUGAUGAUGAUGAUGAAAGGGUUGAUGAAAAGAAGAUGGAUAUGGUCGAUUCAAGAUUAAUCUAUUUUGCAUUGGCAGGUAGUCAAUCAUUUAAUCUUCAUCAACAAGAUAGUGAUCAAGACUUUAUUGGAGUGAGAGAAGCAAAUAUAGAGGAUGUACUGUCAUUACGAGGUGUUAAAGAGACCAUUCAUCAUCUUAAACCUGAUAUUACAAUCUAUGAACUUAGACAUUAUGCAAAAUUAUUGUUACUUGGUAAUCCAAGACAAAUUGAAUCAUUAUAUACUGAUAAAUUCUCUUUUCAAUCUGAGGAAUGGAAAAGAAUUAUAGAAAAGAAAAAGGAAUUUAUAACUAUGGUAACAAUUGAUCAUUAUUUAUCAACUAUUAAAGCAUUAUUGUAUGGAAUUAAUAGCAAGAUUAAAAAGAAACAAGAAAAGGAACAGAGAAGAGCAAAUGGACAAGAAGAUGAUAAGAAAAAGGAAAAAUCAAAAAGAGAAAAGAGAAGUGUAGAAAAUAACAAGGUACAAACUUUAUUGUUGGAAAAGAAAAAGGAAAAACAAGAAAUGUUAAUGAUGGAAUUAGAGAGUCGACAAACUGUACAUAAAAAGGCAUAUCAUGCAAGUAGACUCUUGUCAGAGGUAAAGAGAAUGAUCGAUGGUUUGGAACCAAUCGUUCAAUACACCGAUGACAGCCAAGAGCGAGAGAGACUAUUGGAGAUUAGAAAAGGAGAUUUUAAUCAUCAAGAAAUGCAAGAUCAAUUAAACAAACAGUUUAAUGAAAUGGAACAAGCUAGAAACCAAAUGACAAAUAGUUACAGUCAAGAGGUUGAUAUUAAAAUGGUUAGUGAUUGGUUGGUUUCAAUUAGAAGACAAUCUAUUAAUAGAUAUCAAGGAUAUCGUUAUUCUUGGCCAAACGGAGAGACGGAAAAGAGUGAAAGUCUAAGAUUACAAGCCAAACAAUUAAUGCAAAAACAUGGAAUCAUUGGUGAAUUAAUCUAUGUUGGUGAAUCUGGAAGUAAUUUAUAUCAUCUUGACAAGACUAUGGAUAGUGAACAAGAUAUAAUUGGUAUUUAUGCAUCUUCAACUGAUGAAAUUGUAUCAUUGUUACCUCCACCAACUAGACUCGAUGUGGACAAUAUAUCACCCAACCUAGAAUACAUUCCAAGAAACAAUAUCAACUCUAGUAAAUCAACAUCUCCUCCACCCUCUGCAAAAAAGGAUAUUACCACCAAAGGAAUGAUUCUCUAUGAAGUUGGACAAGCUAUUCAACAAUUGAUUCAUGGUCACUAUCGACUCUAUGACUGUUUGUUGGCAGACAAUACAAAAUAUCAAUCCUAUCAAUCACCUGCUUGGAAGGAUUUAGUAGCAAAAAUAAUGAUCAACAAUAACCAUACAAUUGCUAUUGACAACAACCAUAGUGUCGAUACCAAAUUUACAAAUCUAUUUAAUAAUAGAAUUUAUGCACAAAAUACUUGGGGUAUUGCUCAAGGAGAAUAUCUUAGAGCAAGAAUACUACUUGGUCUAAAAAAACCUCCUCCAAAAUUAUCAAAAAAGAAACAAAUGAAAUUGGAAAAAAGGAUUCAAGAACAAGGCAAUCAAGAAGAACCUGUACAAGAAAAAGAAACAAUUGGACCAAAUGUUACAUUUCAAGAUAAAUUGGCAGCUUGUAGAUGUUUUUAUAUAGCAUUUAGAUUGUUAUGGUUAUCAAAAUCUAUUUUACAAGGUAAUCAAAUUAAUUUACAUUUCGAUGACAAUGAAACAACAAAAGAUCAAAAGGAAUUACUAUUAUUAUUUAAAUAUCCAAUUAAAGAUGAAAAUCAACAAUCUUUAAAGAUUAGAGAUGAAGAGUUGGUGGAAAAGAUAGAUGAAUGCAGAGAAUUGAUCGAAUCAUUAAUAUUACCAUUGGAGACAUUUAAAGUUUUUUUUAGAUCAGAUGACAUUGAAAAUCAACUACACGAUUUAUUUAAUCCAUGGUUAAUUAAAAUUAGAUUAUCAAUGUAA